CGCCUGCAGGCAGUGGGCGCAAAACACAAGACGGCCGUGUGUCUGCGCUGCGCGUCUCCCCGUGGAGUUAAUAACGGGAAACCACGCAACGAGGACUGCGGGAUUUUAUCCGAUUUGGGGGAUUUCUUCUUCUUCUUCUUUUAUUUUUUAAACUGCAGAUGCGCACGUUAUUUUUUAAGUUGAAAAUAAUUCCCUGCAAGUUUCGGGAUAUUUGAAUCUACUGAAAUGCUCGCAGUUGGAUACGAUAACCUCCAAAAACGCACGGACUACACGCGCUGCGCUCCAGCUGGACCAUAGCCCCGGACACGCGCCGCGGUUUCCAGGGUGACCAAUCUCUGAACUUUGGGUCCGGGGAGCGGGAGGGAGGGGGAGACCAUGCCCGGGAUUAUGCGGUCGUUCAGCGGGGCAGCGCUGCUCGUCCUGUCCGCACUCCUCGGUCCGCUCCGCGAGGUCAAGGCUUUCGGCGACGAGGUGGAGGAAAUGACCUGCGACCCGAUCCGGAUCAGCAUGUGCCAAGGGCUCGGCUACAACGUCACCAAAAUGCCCAAUCUGGUGGGCAACGUGCUGCAGUCAGACGCCGAGCUGCAGCUGACCACGUUCACGCCGCUCAUACAGUACGGCUGCUCCAGUCAACUCAAGUUCUUCCUCUGCUCAGUCUACGUGCCGAUGUGCACUGACAAGGUUCCCAUCCCCAUCGGUCCGUGUGGGAGCAUGUGUCUGUCUGUCAAGAGGAAAUGCCUCCCGGUGCUCCAUGAGUUUGGCUUCAUUUGGCCUGAGGUCCUCAACUGCAGCCUCUUCCCACCUCAAAAUGACCACAACCACAUGUGCAUGGAAGGCCCCGGGGACGAGGACCCGCCCUACCAGCCGGUCCGCCACCCCCCCCACCAGGAGGACUGUCAGGCGCUGGGAUCCGCACCCGACCAGUAUACCUGGUUAAAGCAGACAGAGAGCUGUGCUCUCCAGUGCGGCUACGACAGCGGGCUCUACCGACGGGGGGCCAAAGUCUUCACAGACGCCUGGAUGGCCGCGUGGGCCGUGCUGUGCUUCCUGUCGACCACUCUGACGGUCCUCACCUUCCUGCUGGAUUCACAGCGCUUCUCCUAUCCGGAAAGGCCCAUCAUCUUCCUGUCUAUGUGCUGCAAUCUGUACAGCGUGGCCUACUUGGUGCGAUUGACUCUGGGGAGGGAACGUGUUUCCUGUGACCUGGAUGCCACCGCUGUGCCCAUCCUUGUGCAAGAGGGGUUAAAGAGCACCGGCUGUGCCAUAGUCUUCCUCCUGCUCUACUUCUUUGGCAUGGCUUCCUCCCUCUGGUGGGUGAUCCUGACCCUCACUUGGUUCUUGGCUGCCGGCCUGAAGUGGGGUCACGAGGCCAUAGAGAUGCACAGCUCCUACUUCCACAUCGCCGCCUGGGCCAUCCCGGCCGUUAAAACCAUCGUCAUCCUCAUAAUGCGACUAGUGGACGCAGACGACCUCACCGGACUCUGCUAUGUUGGCAACCAGCAGCAGGAGGCGCUCACGGGCUUUGUGGUGGCCCCACUGGCCACGUACCUUCUAAUAGGCACUCUGUUCAUCUGCGCCGGCCUCGUGGCCCUCUUCAAGAUCCGCUCCAAUCUGCAGAAGGACGGCGCCAAAACGGACAAGCUGGAGCGCUUGAUGGUGAAGAUCGGAGUGUUUUCGGUUCUCUACACUGUCCCGGCGUCCACCGUCAUCGGCUGCUACCUCUACCAGCUGUCCCACUGGGGGGAGUUCAGAGCCAGCACGCGGGACUCGUACGUGGCAUCGGAGAUGCUUCGGAUCUUCAUGUCGCUGCUCGUGGGCAUCACGUCGGGGAUGUGGAUCUGGUCGGCGAAGACCCUCCACACCUGGCAGCGCUGCUCCGCCCGCCUGCUCAGGGACGGCCGGGCGAGCCGGGGGGGCAAGAGGGCACCGGGGGAGGGCUGGAUAAAACCGGGGAAAGGCAACGAGACAGUGGUGUGAGGAAGAAGAGGAGGAGGAGGAGGAGGAGAGAAAGAGAGACUGAGCACGGACAGGCUUCACUGUCACUUACAGAAACUCGCUCUGCAAGGACGCCACUGGAUGUAACGGCAUCACAAGAAGCUCGCAGAGAGUCUGCAAGCAUGCCUCGCCCGCCCCUCCGCAGAGGAGGAGAGAAGCGGAGGAUGGGGCUCUUUCCUCGGGCCUGCCCACAGAGGUGGAGGAAGCGAUUGAUGACGGAGAAAGAGAGAGAUGGGAAGGGCAGAGCAGAAACUUCCCAUAUGCAUAUCCACAUGUGUGGCACCGCGUCUACCUCUCUGCCUCUCUUUUCUCCAGAGACUGAACCUGCUGGAGGCAGUAACCUUCAUACCAUUGUGUCUUUUGAAAUGUUGCAUUUUACACUGGAGGGUCCUGGUGCAGACAUUACACAGGUGCAGGUGGACGUUUCCCAAACGCGUCUGACAACUUGAGGUCCUGUGGGGGGGGGGUUUUCACACCCUAAUGGGGGAAUCACAAGGAAAUACCAGACCAAAAGUAAUUGAAACCAGAUGACAACCCAUUAAAUAUGGCCUUAAAUCUGUGAUGUGUUUACAUUUGAAAAAGGAAAAAAAAACUACAUUUUUGUACAAUAAUAUAAAAGAGCAAGUGAUUUUAUUGCUCAGAAAUGUUUGGGAAACCAGCUCUAAGCUGUGAUAAUGCACUCUAGUUGUAUACAAUUUGUGAAGUGUCACAUUGGGGACGGCAGCGACGAGAGAGCUGCCGGAAAAAUAAACUCUAAUGCAGAAAAAAAAUCUUUUCUGGCAAAUAUUGUGAAGGCACAAGCAAGACGAUUAUGGUUUUGUGUGCAUUUCGUACAUUUUGGGUAAAGUCUGUGGUGGCCAUAAAGACACAUAGCCACCAAGGCGCAAUGAAUCCUGGGAGAAAAAGCCAGCUGCGUCUUUUUAUUGACCCAUAAGUGGAGAAGCGGUAAGAUGUCCGGGAAAUAUAGGCCCGUGCGUUUUACCUCCGCAGUCUAUGAAAAGCUCAGCUCGCUUCCAAUGAUCUGUGCAGUUUUGGUGGGAACCCCUCACUGCAUAUGCGCCUGAGUCACCAUGAAAUCCGGAAAUUAAACUCAUUGCCUCUGGCCUCCUUUCCAAGCAUCGGACCGGAGGGCACGUUGAAGAACUAGGAGGUUAUUAGACGACCACUUGCCAAGAGACACACAGGCGCACAUGGCAGGUAGUUCCCACGAGCAGUUCUCACUGCUGAAAUACCACCAAUAAUGAGCCCAAUAUCUACAAAGUCGUGUCUCCUUGCUGUCUUUUAUUUUUCAGUUCAAUAACGGAAUCACUGUUAAUCAGAGGGGGUCUGUUGGUUCCCUGGACGCCUGUUCCUCGUUAACCGCGUCGUUCGCAGACAAUCAAAAGUCUUCCAUGAAUGAAAAGAUUACGUUUCACAAUUGUUUUCCUCCCAACAUUUGAUUCCCGCAGUUCUCCUCUAUAACUGCUCGUGAACUGUACUAGGAGCUUUAAUUAGAAUAAGUUAUUCCGGGUCUCACAGCUGCACUUAAUUCUACAAAUGCUCCUGUGAACCGUAUGUAUUUGCCUGACAAUCUAUCUAGCAAAGCUCUAUUAUUUCAGUGAGUAUUUGAAUGUAUCCCGUGUCACGUUACACCUUCCACUUUAAGCAGGCUGUUUAAAUGUAUAAGAGCUUGAAGGAUUUGGAGCUUUGCCACCUCCCCCCCCCCCCCCCCCCCCUGUGUGUCAUUUUAACCAGAUAGUGCCUCGCACCGCCUCUAUAGGUCAUUUUAACGUAAUGUUUAAAAUGGGACAGAAAUUAACUUGCUGCAUUUUUACCAAAAACUAAAUGUAACAGCAGCCUUAUUACAUUCAGAAGAUACUUUUGGUGGAAACGUAGAACCGUGAAACGCCAGUGUUUCUCAAACAAACUUCCAUGGCACGCUUAUUAAAUUUUCCAAAGUCAAACAAACACGACAUUGAGUUAAAGUGAAUUAAAUUAACCUCUGACCACCUUCGCUCUGAACCAAUGCAGUUUCCCCCACUGGAUCCGAAUGAAUGUUUUGGGCUUUCUCCUGUGGUAUGCUCGCACAGGGCUUCAUGUGCCGAGCAUUGAACAGCGUCUGAUGCAGAUUGAGAACCGCUGGUGAUGCAGGUUUGUAAAUGCGUUUUUGCCCAGAUAUGCAUCCAUGUCGGGGGGUCAGUUCACCAUCCCUGACCGUAGCCUUUAACGGUCUAGACUGUUCCUUUGUGUACAAAACUCAUGGUCUUGAUGAUGUCAAUGUAUUUGCUAAUUUAUCAUUGUAAAAACAAAAACAAAAAAAAGUGACAAAAUGUAAAACUUGUUUGUUAUUUAAAAACACUUUUGUAUCAGAAGAUGAUGAAUAAAACGUUUUGGUUUCCAA